AUGGAACAUGAAGAUGAUAUUGGAACCUGCGCCACAUGUGGAAACCGCCGGAUAUCCCAAGAACAGAUUGGAAAUUUCCCCGAGGUACUCAUCAUCCAACUCAACCGCAUCAGCGCAAGAGGCAAAAAGAUCGAUGACCAAGUACAACUCAGCGAUCCGCUCACUAUUAAGAAGAGUUAUGUCGAUGAGCGCCAUGGUACAGCGCGCGAAACCGUUCGCUACAAACUGUCCUCGGUGAUCAUGCAUCAAGGCUCGGACAUGACACACGGACAUUACAAAAUCGGUGUCAAAGGUCGAUCAGACGAAUGGACACUGAUCGAUGACAAGUAUACCCAGGGCUGGGACAAGAAAGAUUUUGGAGCUGAACCGGAUCACCUUGUCGAGUCAUAUAUCUACGCAUACCGCCGGCUACCCACAAAUGAGUUGGAACUGACGGACACAGAAGAUGUUCGGGAUUCCAUGGACAUCGACCCCCGUCCAGAGGCGGAAAAACCACAAAUUAGGGCCGCUCAGAUCCCGAGAGAGACUCGGAAGAAAAAUACGCAGAGCGCAGUUCCUCAGAGCGCAGUUCCUCAGACCGCAGUUCCUCAGGACCCAGUCACUCAGGGCCCAGUCACUCAGGGCCCAGUCACUCAGGGCCCACAACUGCUAGAGCUGAGUCAGGAGGCAGCUCAAUCAGUGUCGGAGUUGAUGGGUGGGAUGGUUCCAGGUAUUAUCGAUGCCUAUGUGGCUCGCUCGGAGCAGACGCGGCUUAAGGAAUGGGAGAAGUGGAUGAGUCAGAGGGAAGAGAAGUUGGAGGCGGAGAAGAGGGAGAAGGGAGAGAAGGGGGGACAGAAGAGGGGACAGAAGAGGAAGCACAGAGGGGAUGAUGAUGAUGGAGAUGAUGAUGGAGAUGAUGAUGGAGACGAUGAUGGAGAUGAUGGAAACAAGGGUAAACUUGAGCAAUUCCUGGAAUGGAAACAGGCGCGAGGAUUAUUGGAGCUCACUGUGACCGAUUCAACUGGGGAAGUAGUGCUGGAUCUGGAAACACAAGGGUUGCACUAUAACAGACUCAAGGGGAAGAGCAGGAAAGCACCCGUGGCCAAAGUAGAGAAGAAGGCCGGGACAUGGAAGCGACUGAGGGAAUCAGUGAGUAGAAAGGCGAAGAAGUGA